AUGCUCAGGGCGUAUGGGGCGAAGAUUGAGCCCAGCGAUGGCGAUGAUAGAUCGGAUUCGGAAGCAGAGUCACAGUCUCUGAAUACUCCUGCGUCGAGCGAUGGGGCAAUGUCGAUAGUCAAGACGCAGGACCGUGAGGAUGCUAUGACGCCUAAAUUUAUCAUGAAAGAGGGAGCGUCGAGAUACUAUGACAGUGCUCUGUGGUCCAACUUAUCAGAAGAUUUUCAACAUCCAGAAUCCACCACCCAAUUCAGCGAACCGACAGAGGAAGAUGUCAACGAUAUUGAAGACGGACUAAUGUUUGAACCCGAGAGAGGCGACAAAGUCAUGGACCUUGCCAAAUACCAUCUUCCACUGCCGCUGAUAUCGAAACUAAAAGACUUCUUCAUAGACAGGGUCGAUCCCAUGAUGAAGUUCCUACACCUUCCCACCUUUUGGGUCGCUCUGACAAAUGAGCUGCAAAAUCCAGAUCGAAUACCCAAGAGCUUGGAGGCGCUCAUCUUUUCCUUUUACUUGGUCUCUAUGUGUUCGUUGAAAGCGGAUGAGGCCCGAGAGCUAUUUGAUGUAGACCAGAAGGUUCUCCUAUAUCGCUAUCGAACCGCGACUCGGCAAGCCUUGGUGAAUGCGAGGUUCUUGUCGACGGCGAACCUCAUGACCCUUCAGGCUUUUUCCAUCUUCAUUAUUUGCGUCAGAGACAUCUAUCGCUGCGACACCCUCUUCGUCUUAUCCGGCGUCGCCAUCCGGCUCGCUCGCAAAAUGGGCCUCCACCGCGACGGCACGUUCCUCGGCCUCCCCCCCUUUGAGACGGAAAUGCGAAGACGACUGUGGUGGCAUAUCGCGCACAUUGACUUUCGCACCGCCGAUGUCAUGGGCACCAAGCCUUCGCCAGAAAUCUCCACGGCGGAUACCAAACAUCCCAUCAACGUCGAAGACAGCGAGCUCUACCCGGGCAUGACUGCUCUUCCCGAGGACCACAACGGCAUUACGGGGAUAUCGCUCGCCAUCAUCAAGUGCGAGAUGAUUGCGUCGCUGUGCAAAUGCGCGGCUACUCGUCCCAUCGACUUGCGCUGGGAGAUGCUGUACAGUCCAGACAUCUCGCUCGCUACCAAGGACAGCGUCAUCGACGAAGUAGAGGAUCACAUGGAGAAGAAAUAUCUGAGGCACUGCGACCCUUUGAAUCCCUUUCACACGUUUCUAUCCAUCAUGGUGCGGUCGGCGGUAUGCAAAAUGAGGCUCUUUGCGCAUAAUCUGCGACAGUUUGCGCCUCGAUAUCCCGCCACUCAAAAGGACCAUGACAUCGCAUUCCACAACGCCAUGAAGCUUCUAGAAUACGCAGGCAUGGUCCAAGGCGGCCACAUGGGCUUGGACAAGUAUCUGUGGCAGAUUGGCACGAGCUACUGCUGGAACACGAUGCUCUACCUGCUCAUGGAGCUCCGAGUCCGCAAAUUCGGGCCAGAAGUCGACAAGUCGUGGAAACUCAUCGGCGUCGUCUUCGCACGCGCCCCUCAGGUGUUUUCAGAGUUCACGGGCUCCGUCUAUGUGGCACUCGGCAAAUGGACGCUGGAAGUCUGGGACGCCCACGUCGAGGCUUCAAAAGCUGAAGGACUUCCAGAUCCGGUGCCGCCCGACUAUAUUCAGGCCAUCCGUGACUACCAGAAGUCAAAGCUGCCAGAAACUCCGGUUGAAGAGAAAAAGGCGAAUCCGAAGCCUGUUGCCUGGCCUCCGACUACUUAUGACAAAGCCUCGUAUGUGGACUAUCUUGAUGUGGGCUAUUCAGAGCCGCACAACUUUCCUAAUUUGUCGUCGUUUGAUACAGAUCCCAAUCAAUGGCUACAGUGGGAGCAGCUAGUCGCAGACCAGAGCACCUUUACAUAA